AUGAAUACAACGGUUCUAGCGGAGUUAAAAAAUUAUAUAGAAACAUAUAUAACACCCUUGACAAUCCCUUGUUAUCAAGAAUACAUCAACAUCAAUUCAAAUCAUUUUCUCAUUUGUCAGCAGCCAUACCAGUCCUGUAUAUACACAUACUCGAUAAGUGCUUGCAGAUCGAAUCCAUUCUUAUCCACUAGUAGCCUCUUCCUCGUACCAGUCGCCAUGGAAAAUCUAGAUUGGCAACAGCAGUCUGCCCUACAUUUUUGGAAGGGAAACCGCAUUGAUAAGAAUUGGGAAGCGUUGACCGUGCUCUCACACAGCAAUGCCACUGCUUCGUUUCCCAGAAACUUCAUCUCUUGCCCUUGUAAAGAUGGCUGGGGCCCAAUGUCGCCAAUUUAUAAGGAUAUUGCCCCAUGUUUCUUUUCAGGUGCACUUUACUCCAUUGUUGGCUUAAUCUUGGUCUUCACCGCAAUCCAUCAAAUCCAAGUCUUGAGAAACAAAAAGAUCACUACAGGUAACAAGGUUGCAUGGACAUUCUAUGUGAAGCAAGCUCUCAGCGCCUUGCACGUUGCGUUUUCAGUCAUUUUGGUGACGACAUCCGGCAAGCCAAGUAUCCUCCAGACUGCUUUCAUCAUCUCUAUUGUAAACUCUGUUUUAGCAUAUAUCGUUCACUACUUGGAGCAAUUUAAGUCCCAUAAGGCCAGUGGCACUCUCUUAUUCUUCUGGCUCACUCAAUUUUUGUUCAAUGGCGGUAGAGCUGUGGCUUUGUACUUGAGAUCCGAUUUGGAUGACAAAUUGGGCUUGUUCUCAAUUCUUGCGGCAGUGAACGGUGCUCUCGUUUUACUCAUCGAGAUUUACUUUCCUCCUCGCUCGCUUAAUCCUGCUUUCAAUGUCGAGAAUGCUUCUCCUUUUGACCAAGCAAAUGUCUUCUCGAAAUUGUCAUUCAGUUGGAUGGCGCCAUUGAUGAGGAAGGGUUACUAUCAAUUUUUGACUGAGCGUGACCUUCCAUUCUUGCCAAGGGAGCUUCGGUCUUCUGCCACCUCUGCCGAGUUUUACAAGUAUUGGCACAACCAAGCAAACCCCUCGCUUGUUUUGGCAAUCUGUAAAGCCUUUGGAACUCCAUUUUUGCUCGGCGGUGCAUUUAAAGGUAUGCAAGACAUGUUGGCAUUUGUACAGCCUCAACUUCUCCGUAUGUUGAUCGUUUUUGUAAAUGACUACUCCGAGGCAAAGAAGGAAGGAGAUCUCAUUCCAUUGACAAAAGGAUUCAUGAUCGCUGGUGCCAUGUUUUUGGUUUCAGUAACGCAAACCGCUUGCUUGCAUCAAUACUUCCAAAGGGUUUUCGAUUUGGGUAUGAGAAUCAAAUCAUCUCUUACGACUGUGGUCUACGAGAAAUCUCUUGUUUUGUCAAAUGAGACUAAACAGGCUUCUAACACAGGUGACAUUGUUAAUUUGAUGUCAGUAGAUGUCCAAAGAUUGCAAGACUUGGUCCAGAAUUUGCAAAUUAUUUGGUCGGGACCUUUUCAAAUCAUUAUCUGUUUGUAUUCUUUGCACGGCCUACUUGGCAAUUCUAUGUGGGCAGGUGUUUUCAUAAUGAUUAUCAUGAUUCCUUUGAACGCGGUUCUUGCUAAGAUUCAAAAGAGAUUGCAGAAAACUCAAAUGAAAUACAAAGAUGAGAGAUCUAGGCUCAUCAGUGAAAUUUUGAACAACAUUAAGUCUUUGAAGUUGUACGGAUGGGAACUUCCCUACCUUGAUAGAUUGAACAAUGUUAGAAAUAACAAAGAACUUGCAAACUUGAGAAGAAUGGGAAUUUUCAGUUCCGUUACAAUGUUUUCGUGGAACAUGGCUCCUUUUUUGGUUUCUUGCUCCACCUUUGGCCUUUUUGUUCUCUUUAACAAGAAUGCUAGUUUGUCAACCGACAUAGUUUUCCCAGCUCUUUCGUUGUUCAACCUUCUCUCUUUCCCACUAGCUGUGGUUCCUAUGGUUAUCACCAACAUUGUAGAGGCACAAGUCGCUGUAUCAAGAUUAACUAAAUUCUUGACCAGCACUGAGUUGCAAAAUAAUGCCGUAACAAAGGGCCCUAGGGCAGCCAAGAUUGGUGAAACUGCUGUCUCCGUGAGAAAUGGUACCUUCCUUUGGUCUAAGACAAAGGGCGAGGAGUCGUACAAGGUGGCAUUGUCAAACAUCAACUUGGAAGUCAAGAAAGGUGAAUUGGAUUGUAUUGUUGGUAGAGUCGGAUCUGGUAAGUCUUCCAUCCUACAAUGUCUUCUUGGUGAUCUCUAUAAACUUGAUGGUGAGGCGAAAGUCAACGGUAAAGUUGCUUACGUUUCACAGGUUCCGUGGAUCAUCAAUGGUACAGUUAGGGAGAAUAUCUUGUUUGGACACAAGCAUGAUGCUAAGUUUUACAACCUUGUAUUGAAAGCUUGUGCAUUGAACAUUGAUUUGAAAAUCUUACCCCAAGGUGACAAGACUCAAGUUGGUGAGAAAGGAAUUUCUUUGUCUGGUGGGCAAAAAGCCCGUCUUUCGUUGGCAAGAGCUGUUUAUGCCAGAGCCGACGUGUACUUGCUUGAUGAUCCAUUGAGCGCUGUUGACGAACAUGUUGGAAGACAUCUUAUUGACAAUGUUUUGGGACCUAAUGGUCUUUUGAAAACGAAGUGUAGAAUUUUGGCAACCAAUGCUAUUCAUGUGUUGAGUAUUGCUGACAAUAUGCACAUGGUAAAGGAUGGAAAAAUCGUGGAACAAGGCUCUUAUGAUGAAAUUAUGGGUCAAGAUAAAAGUCAAUUGCGUCAAUUGGUCCUUGAGUUCGGAAAAGGCUCUCGCACACCAAGUGUUGCACCAACGGACGAGCCGAUGGAAAAUUUUACCGAGAAAGAUCUUGAUGCUCCUGAGCUUGAACUGUCCGACUUUUCAGAUGCCAACCAGGAUUCUGAAAUCACAAGUUUGCGGAGGGCUUCAGAAGCACCGCUCAUAACCGACGAGGAGAGAGUUUUGUUAUUACAAGAGGAGGAAGAAGAUGAAAAUGAUGAGGAAGUGAAAGCCAGAAAAGAGCAUUCUGAACAAGGAAAAGUCAAGUGGGAUGUCUAUCUCGAGUAUGCACGGGCCUGUAACCCUCGCAAUGUUAUAAUCUAUAUGUGUUUCAUCUUCUGCUCGAUGUCUUUCAAUGUUUUGUCCAGUGUUUGGUUGAAGCAUUGGUCCGAGGUGAACACAGAAUUAGGAAGUAAUCCAAACAUCCCUAAAUAUUUGGGUAUUUACUUCCUCCUUGGAAUUGGAUUCUCAUUUUGCUCAUUGAUUCAGACUUCGUUCAUGUGGAUCUUCUGUUCGAUUGCAGGCUCUACAAAAUUACACAAUGCCAUGGCCACCAGUGUCUUGAGAGCUCCGAUGUCAUUUUUUGAAACCACCCCUAUCGGACGUGUUCUCAACAGAUUCUCAAGCGAUAUCUAUAAGAUUGAUGAGAUUCUCGGAAGAGUGUUUGGUAUGUUUUUCAGCAAUUCCAUCAAGGUUUUCUUCACAAUUCUCGUUAUUUGUUUUUCGACUUGGCAGUUCAUUUUCAUUGCUAUUCCAUUGGGUGUGCUGUAUGUCAUGUAUCAGCAAUAUUACUUGAAAACUUCAAGAGAAUUACGUCGUUUGGACUCAGUCUCUCGAUCCCCCAUUUUUGCAAAUUUCCAAGAAUCUCUCAGCGGUGUCUCGAUUAUCCGUGCGUACGGUCAAGAGGAGAGAUUCAAGUUUUUGAACCAGUCAAGGAUUGACAGAAACCUCCGUGCUUAUCAUCCCUCAGUCAAUGCAAACAGAUGGUUGGCUGUGAGACUUGAGCUUUUGGGAUCGUUUAUCAUUCUUGGAGCUUCUGGUUUAGCUAUCUUCACAUUGAAGAACGGCGCCGUCAGUGCUGGUAUUGUCGGUUUGUCGGUCUCAUACUCUUUACAAAUCACACAAUCAUUGAAUUGGAUUGUUAGAAUGACUGUUGAAGUCGAGAGUAACAUUGUUGCUGUUGAGAGAGUGAUGGAGUACUCUAAUUUGACGCCAGAGGCUCCUGAGUAUAUUGAAGAGACUGCACCAGCUGAUUCUUGGCCAGAGAGAGGUGAAGUUAUAUUCAAAGACUACUCCACUCGCUACAGACCAAACUUGGAUCUCGUUUUGAGAGGCGUUAACUUGCAUGUGAAACCUCAAGAAAAGAUUGGUAUUGUUGGCCGUACAGGAGCAGGUAAAUCCUCUUUGACUCUUGCUCUUUUUAGAAUCAUCGAAGCUGCAAGUGGUAAUAUUGAUAUUGACAAUGUCAAUACCAGCGAAAUAGGCUUAGCAGAUUUGAGACACAAGCUUUCUAUCAUUCCACAAGAUGCUCAGGUCUUCGAGGGCUCUGUGCGGAGCAAUUUAGAUCCUACCAAUAGCUACACCGAUGCUCAGAUGUGGAAAGCUUUAGAAUUGUCACAUCUUAAGGAUCAUGUUUUGAAAAUGUUUGAAGAGAGAGACGAGGCAGAGAAAGAUUUGGAAAGCGCUCUUGAUGUUCGGAUGAGUGAGGGAGGUUCAAAUUUGUCUGUUGGACAAAGACAAUUGAUUUGUCUCGCAAGAGCUUUGUUGAUCCCCUCAUGCAUCUUAGUUUUGGAUGAGGCUACUGCUGCUGUUGACGUCGAAACUGAUCGAGUUUUACAAGAGACUAUUCGUUCAGAGUUUAAGGAUAGAACCAUUUUGACGAUUGCUCACAGAUUGAAUACCAUUAUGGAUUCUGACAAGAUUGUUGUGUUAGAGCAAGGAAAAGUUGCCGAAUUUGAUACCCCUGAAAAUCUCUUGAAGCGUAAAGAAUCGUUGUUCUACGCUUUGAGCAAGGAGGGCGGAUUUGUUAAGGAUGAGAAGGUCGUCGAAGUGGAGUGA